UAGAGGGGGUGGCUUAUUUGUCUUACCCAGAAUAUGGUAGACAGACUCAUUAUGGACCAGAUUGGAGAGUUUCUUGGGAAUGUCCUGACAUCUGUAAACAACAACCAGCAACAACGCAAUGAUCUGUCUGAUGCAGAUGACAAUGAUGUGAAGCGCAAGAAGCGUAAGAGAUCCAUCUCCAGAGACCUGUCAUCAGAAAUGAGCCACCAGUCAAAAACACACGCUAAUACCCACUACUUGAAAAAGUCCCCAAAAGGUGAAAACCAAAAGACUAUGUUGAAGAUCCCAGUCGGGGGAACUCUGGGAGCAUUAAGUAGUGUGCGUAACUUGAGCCAACCCAGCCCAGCCAAACGUCCUAGACCGAGCCGAUCCAAAGCCAACAAAAUAAACCCAGCUUCAACUACUGCUGGAUUGAUAAGGGUGCCUGGAUCGCUACCAGGCAGUAUUGCAACAGUCAGUGGAGCUCCCCAAUUGGCACAAGCCAUCGCUUCACAGGCACUCAUAAAGGGUGUGAAUGCAGGGGCAUCUAGUACUCCAAGGUCGAUAACACUACCAAAUACCUCUGUGGGAUUAGUUCCGCAGGUGCAUCCGACAGGACAGGGAUUUGUCUCCCUGGCUGCAAAGGGCGCAGUCAAGAGCGAAGGAGGGAGUCAGUCUUAUGUGGCAGUCUCUGGAACCGGUUCUCCAUCCAUUGUUACAACAGGGACUGGCUCAAUACAGUAUGUCAUCAAGCCUGUUAUAAAACCUCAGAGUCAUCGGUACUUACCCAUGCCGAUAAGUGUCAGUCCAGGCACUCAAAGCAGCCAGAUGGCAACUUCAUCUCAGGCGACAGUCAUCAGCACUGCAAGUGGUGGCAUCCGGUACACCUCUCUUACGCAGUCUCCAACCUCACCCUUUACAUCUAUACUGAACCUCAAAGGUAAUACCACCAGUACUCCAGGGACUCCCAUCACCAUAGGUGCAUCUGGCUCCAUCACUGGGCUUGCUGGCGGCUCUUUGGUCAGGCCAUCUGCCAGUAUAAUGUCUACUGUCCAGGGAAGGCGUAUUGUACCUGGAAGCAUGGUUACCUCUUCAGAUGGCAAGACUUAUCUGACAACGCUCCCGCAACAUGUGACAGGGGUGUCCCAGGCUCGCAUGUCUCCAACAUCUAUUGUCCGCACUGUUUCUGGAAGUCUAAGCACAUCCCAGGCAGCAGCAGGUGGCAGCCAGGUUCAAAUUUCUGGUCAAAAAGUGUUUGUCACCCAAGCGGCUGCCUCAACUGGUCUUGUCUUCUCAAGUGGGAAACCUGCUCAAAGUGUAGUCACCACAAGACUUUUGUCUGGACAAGUGCCGUCAUCAGGGCUGACGACCAGCUCAGUCGCAUCUCAACUUCAAACCAAGACUAACACAGUCCGAACGAUCAGUAGGCCAAGCACUGCCACUACAGUCUCCAUGGUCCGGACGCUUCCAGGACACCUGCCAGGGAAUGUCCAGUUUACUAUGGCCAAACCAGGCUCACCAGCUCAGGUAUCAGUACCAGCCACAGUGAUUGCCCAGAUUGCCAACAGUGCUAAAGCGCUUGCAGCUCAAGCCAAUGCUGCUAGGUCUACAGCUGGCCAGGUACCACCUUCAGUCCAAAUAGGAGGGCGUCUGAGCCAGAGUCAGACAGUCAACCAGAGAACUGGACAAGUACCAGCCUCAAUACAGCUUACAUCGCCAAGUACACAAGGACGGACAGUCAGCUUAAAUCUCCCGAUUAGAGUGGCUGUUACACAGGGAAAUGUAAUAAAUAGAGCUCCAACCUCUACUUUGACAACAAGAACAACCACGCAAUUGACGGCACCAGUGACCCAGCUCCUACAGGGUGCUUCUACCUCUGCUGCUUCCACCCGUCCACAUCUAGUUGUGAGCCGGUCAGGGGUUCUGCCCCAUUCUGUCAUGAUCAAGGGUGGCUCAGCCGUCAAUAUGCAGUCUGUCCUUGCCGGGCUUCCUCCUGGCACGCGGGUCAUUGCUACCACUACUGCAGACGGUAAUGUGUUGGUGGUUGGGCCGAUGCAUCCCACUACAACAACUCGCUCCAAGGUGGAGACAACUUCUCCCGCGGUGGCUGCAACCACAGCGCAGUCGUCAUCAGUCAGUAAGGCUGACCGGCUCAGCGAUGCGUCUUCCAAGUCUGUGGCUGGUUCAGCUACACAGCAAGCCCAGGCUACACCUGCUACACCAACAACAACUGCAGAAUCUAGUAAUAAGUAGCUCCCUUUGAUUACCUGUCGUCCAAUAGACAGGAAUAUAUUUAGGCUGCCCGCCUUAGAUUUUGUACUUUUUGAACAAGCUGAAGUGAUACGAGGGGAGAGUAGCACGUGCUUGUAGUCUUUAUCGUGUCUCGUGUUGUUUAAGGUUGUGGCGAGGGUCUUCAACAACAACAACAACAACAAAAGAAGAGAUAACUAUGAUAUUGGGGUAAGGGAGAUCUGGAACCCCUAGACCCUGGCCACGCCCUUGCGGCAAUUUUAUUCCAGGGUCGUUUUCUUCGUUAAGUUGUAAUGUGUGUGGGGUAUCUUGUGUAAAUAAAAUUCUUGACUUUUGCUA